GCAGACUGAGCGGGACGUGCCCGCCCUGCGCGACGACGUCAGCGCGCCCGCGCGCGCCAAGGGAGGAGUGAGAACUGCGGUCCGGGAGGCGCUGACGCUCCGGUCCCCGUCCGGCCCGGCGAUGGAGUUUCCGGACCUUGGGGCUCACUGUUCGGAGCCGAGCUGUAAGCGAUUGGAUUUUCUGCCGCUCAAGUGCGAUGCCUGCUCGGGCAUCUUCUGCGCAGACCAUGUGGCCUACGCCCAGCAUCACUGUGGAUCUGCUUACCAAAAGGAUAUCCAGGUGCCUGUAUGCCCGCUCUGUAACGUGCCUGUUCCUGUGGCCAGAGGGGAGUCCCCUGACCGUGCUGUUGGGGAGCACAUUGACCGAGACUGUCGCUCAGAUCCAGCUCAACAAAAACGUAAGAUCUUCACCAAUAAGUGUGAACGCGCUGGCUGCCGGCAGCGGGAAAUGAUGAAACUGACCUGCGACCGCUGUGGCCGAAAUUUCUGCAUCAAGCACCGUCACCCACUGGACCAUGAUUGCUCUGGGGAGGGGCACCCCACCAGUAGGGCAGGACUGGCUGCCGUCUCCAGAGCACAAAGCUUGGCUUCUUCUACAAAGACCGUCCCUAGCCCGAACCAGACCUUGCCUUCGUCUUCCUCUGCCAGCAGAGCCACAACUCAGUCUCCAACCCGGACGGCUCCUCCAGAGAUUACUUUGCAGAAUGGCUUGAGUGAGGAUGAGGCUCUGCAACGAGCCCUGGAACUGUCCCUGGCAGAGACCAAACCCCAGGUCCCAAGUUCUCAGGAGGAAGAAGACUUAGCUUUAGCACAAGCACUAUCAGCCAGUGAGGCAGAAUACCGACAGCAACAGGUAUGAGGACGGCGUAGAGAUGGGCCCUGUGCCAGGAGCUCAAAGCCGCAGCUUGAAGCCGUCCAACUGCAACCUGUGCUAGGGCCCUGGGCUUGGGGAGGGAGGCUCAGCUGAGGAAGACUGUGGCCCUCGCACCUCUAGGGUCCACAGGGAGAGGAGGCCCGGAGCAGCCGGAGUGAAGACGAGGAGGAGUGACGUGGAGGCCACCUCCAGGGAGCAUCUGGAGAAACAGCAUGUGGAGCUGAGCCUACAGAGGGCUCUGCUGGCCGCUCCAGCUGCAUGGGAGUGAGCCGCUCUGAACUGCUCCCUGGCCAGGUGCCACUUGGCCCCCCUGCAUCUUGUCAUCCCCUAAAUACUGGGGUUCCCCUCCAUGUAUAGGGGGCAGGGAGGGGCACUAGAAACAAUAAAGGAUGGGCAGUCUAUAAGACACCA